AUGAUAUUUCGCGCAAUUGACCUAGCACUAACCAAUAGCUGGCUGGAACACCAAGAAGAUUGCAAAAUCUGUAAGAUACCAAGUACAGACGUUUUGGAUUUGUUGCACUUUCGGCAGCGCGUUGCCGAAGCUCUAAUAAAAAUGGGGUAUCCAAUUCCUAGCAGAAAAAGAGGACGGCCCGCAUCUGGUGGUAGCAGUCCAGUAAAUUCACCAGUUACACCAAAACAACACCGUUUCAGGACUGAAAUAAGACCAGCGAGCGAAAUCCAGUAUGACACUGUCGACCAUUUGCCAGAAUAUGAUCAAAAGAAAGAAGCUACAAGAUGUAAAAAUGGAUGUAAAGGAAAGACGCAUGUUUACUGUCUGAAAUGUGAAAUACAACCGUGUUUUACUGAUGACAGUGGAGAUAUGCAUGGGAUUUCUCAGCAAUCAGUGAGCAAAAUCGCUUAUAAUGUUGGGAAAGCAUUAGCUAAAAAAGCUCAUUUAUUCAUCAACAUGCCCACUACACUAGAAGAUCAACAGGAAACCAUCAGAGGAUUUAGAAGUAUAUGUAAUUUACCCUCGGUGAUAGGGGCUAUAGACUGCACGCAUAUACGAGUCAAAAGGGUAGGUGGCGAUAUGAGUGAAGCCCAUGUGAACAGAAAGGGUUACUAUUCUAUCAACGUGCAAGUUGUCUGUGAUUCAAACUUGAAAAUCCGAGACAUAGUUGCACGUUGGAGAGGAAGUGCUCACGACUCUCGGGUUUUCAACGAAAGCACAAUAAAAGAACGCUUUGAACGUGGCGAUUUUCAUGGAAGAUUACUUGGAGACAGUGGAUAUGCAUGUACUGCAUAUCUCUUUACACCUUUGCUUAAUCCUAGUAAUGACAAAGAGGAAGCUUACAACAGAGCGCACAUUAGAACAAGGAAUACAGUGGAGAGAUGUUUUGGCUUGUGGAAACAAAGAUUCAGAUGCCUAUUAAGAGGCAUGUUUAUGAAACUAAGCACAGCGAAAACCACAAUUGUAGCAUUAGCAGUGCUACAUAACAUAGCGAUUGAUAUGAAUGAAGACAUUGAUAUAGUUCGGUAUGUUCGUCAGCGGCGCAGGCCACAGACUGAGAGAUCUACAGUUAGGGGAGCAAUUAUUAGACAGCGUUUUAUUAACCAAUUUUUAAUAUAA